UUGUCAAAGUCGAAGUUCAAAAAUAUUCAAAUCAAAAUGAAAAUGUGAUCAAAAUAAACAGCACAGCAACAAUAAUGAGAUUAUUUUUUUAGAUUGGGAACUCACUAUAGUUUUAAGAAAAAAUGAAUCGCAUCAGUGCCUUAUGACCGUAGACUGAAAAUAUGAAAACCAACCACUAGCAGAAACAAUUUUCGUGUUAAAAGUUAACAGAAUCAUACAGAAUGUCUGAGCCAGAAUUAGUGGAAGAUUUCUUCGGAGUUUACUUAUUAUACUGUAUAAACCCCAAAUACAAAGGGCGCACAUACAUUGGUUAUACUCGAGACCCGAACCGGCGAAUUAUGCAACACAACAGAGGCAUUUGGGCUGGAGGAGCUUAUCGGACUAAUAAUAAAGGGCCCUGGAAAAUGGUGAUGAUAAUCCAUGGAUUCCCAAAUAAUAUUUCAGCUCUCAGAUUUGAAUGGGCAUGGCAGAAUCCUACAAAGACAAUAAGACUCCAGCAUUUAAAUUUAAAAAAGAUUCCUAGAAAAGAGUCUGAAUUUAAAUUCAAAUUAAGAGUGUUGAGUGAAAUGCUCAGAGUGGGGCCUUGGUGCCGCCUGCCUUUAAUCAUAAGAUGGCUGGAGGUGGAAUACUGUGAAGAGUUUGAUCCUGAAAGAAAACCUCCAUCACACAUGACAAUCUGCCAAGGACCCGUCAAAAGCAGGAACUUGAAGCCCAAAUCCUCCACAACCAUACCGCCAGACACAGAAUGUCUUCUCUGCUCCUCAUAUAUAACGAACGGCCAAUCAAAGAUCACCUGCUUGAAUUCCAACUGUGAACUUGUAGCUCAUAUUACUUGCUUGGCCGAUCUAUUUCUGGUACCAGGAGAGUAUGUGCCUAUAGAAGGUAGCUGUCCAUUCUGCAGUGUCAAGCUAAAGUGGGGCGACUUGAUCAGGAAAAUGAAGGGAUGUUCGAGAAACAGUGAUGGGGAAGAAUGUAGUGAUGAAGAAAUUGUGCCGGAUAAAGAGUUAGAGGGCUGCAGUGAUGAAGAAAUUGGGCCUGCUAAAGGGUUAGAGGGUGACCCUUCUUGGUUUCUUGAUUAUAAUUAUGAUUUAUGACGAUUUAAGAAAUUAUUAGACAAUUUAGACAGUA